UUUUAAUUAAUAUUUUAAAAAUCAGAUGGCAAGAGCAGCAAAAGACACAAGACCAAUAGCAGAUUAAGCAACAUCAGAAGCAGCAUGUACAUAUGCAGCCCUUAUUUUAUAUGAGGAUAAUUAAGAUGUACUUGAAAAUGUGAUAAAAGAUUGAUGCCACAAAAUUAGCUAAGAUUAUAAAAGCUUCAAAUUUAAGAGUUGAACCAAUAUGGACUAAAGUUUUUGAGAAAGCUCUUAAAGGAAAAAGAAUUGGCGAUUUAUUGCAUGGUAGUAGUGGAAGUACAGUCAAUGCUCCAUAAACAUAAACAUCAUCAACACCUGCAGUUGCUGAGAGUAAAAAGGCAGAGCCAGUUAAAGAAGUAAAGAAAGUUGAAGAACCAGAGGAGGAUGUUGAUAUGGGUGGUUUGUUUGAUUGAAAUGAAAAUAAAAAUCGUAC